UGGGUUUGAGUUACGCAGCUGUGCCCCUGUAUCAGAUAUUCUGUCAGGCCUACAGCUAGGGAGGAACAACAGGACUGGCCGAGCCGAGUGAUAGCACAAUGACUACAGUUAAGCAUUGGCCCAUCCGGGUGCGCUUCAAUACCGAUGUGGCCUCAUCCAUGCACUGGAACUUCAAGCCACAGCAGCCAGACAUCACAGUUUUGCCUGCCAAAACAGCCCUCGCGUUCUACUCAGUGCGCAACCCCACUGACAAGCCUGUGACUGGCAUCAGCACAUACAAUGUGAUCCCAUUUGAAGCCGGACAAUACUUCAACAAGAUCCAGUGUUUCUGUUUCGAAGAGCAGCAGCUCAACCCCCAUGAGCAGGUGGAAAUGCCAGUCUUCCUUCUACAUCAACACUGAGUACACUCAAGACCCCCAAAUGGAAUAUGUAGACGAGAUUGUGCUCUCUUACACCUUUUUCGAGGCGAAGGAAGGCCUGAAACUCCCUGUAUCCAUGUAUCUCAAGCAAUAAUGACAUUAGACCUACUGUAAAUAAUACUAGUUUAGAAUGCAUUUGUAUUGCUUAAGACGCUAUGGUUUGUUAAGUUUAUUAUUGAAUAAUAAAAUUUAUAAAAGACUUAAAUUUUAAUUUUUUUAAAGUCAGAUUGUUAGUUAAAGUCAGUUAUUUAUUAUUAGAUUUAACUUCACUACUUACAUAAGUAAAACUUACAAGUGUAUCAUAGGCCUUAGGAACACAUUGAAAAAAAAAACAAUUUAUUUCUCAUAUUAUGGAAAAAUCUUGAAAAAUAUGUCAUUUAAUUAACUUUCAUCCUUAAACCAAUCCGGAAUUCCGAAUCUGGUUGAAAAUCAGUCCAGUCUGCAAUCCUUACCCACUGUAUGUUAUUAUAAUUUGUUCAACUUUUCUAAAAUUCUUAAAUAAAAUAAAAAAUUUAGUUUCACAAAAGUACCUACUUUACUUUUCUUGUUUUGGUUCAUGCAUACUUUGAAAUAA